AUGGUAGCUGCUGAUAUAAACACUCAAGUAAUAAAAAGGUCAAACAUUAUCGUUGAUACUACUACAAGGGAAAGACUAAAUAAUUAUGAUUCAUUGCAUAAAACUAAUGUUCUUCAGCCUAAGGAAAAUACUGGAUUUGGAAAAAGUGAAGAAAUUAAGACAAGAAAAGAAGAAGCGAAAAAUUCUGAUGAUUAA